AUGAAGGCUGUUCGAAACCUGUUGAUUUAUAUAUUUUCCACCUAUCUUCUGGUUAUGUUUGGAUUAACUGGUGCCCAAGAUUAUUGGUGUUCCACUCUGGUUAAGGGGGUCAUUUAUGGAUCAUAUUCGGUGACUGAAAUGUUUCCUAAGAACUACACAAACUGUACAUGGACGCUGGAGAACCCAGACCCUACCAAAUACAGCAUCUACCUGAAGCUAUACAAGCGAGACUUGAGCUGCUCUGAAUAUUCUUUGCUUGCUUAUCAGUUUGAUCAUUACUCACAUGAAAAGAUCAAUGAAUUGCUGAAAGUCAACGAGUCUAUAGUGUACCUGUGCGAUUCGAAGAAUAUUUAUGUAUUUUUGCUGUAUGACAAGAAUUUUGUCCAACUCCGGAGAGUUUUCCCUUAUGAUUAUAACGGAUUGACGCCACAGAAGCUUGAUGAGGAGGAGAAAUCUAAUGUGGAGUUUUUGGUGUUGAAUAAGGCCAGCCCCAGCCAGUUUGGGUGUCAAGUGCUUUGUACGUGGCUGGAAAACUGCCUGAAAUUAGAGAAGGGGACAGUGGAGACAUGUGGGAUCGUGUACACAAAAUGCACUUGCCCUCAGCACUUAGGCGAUGGAGAAUCAGAGAGUAUGCUCAUGUUGAACAACGUGGUAUUACCUUUAAAUCCACAAACGGAGGGCUGCUUGUCACCCCAACUACAAGCUGGGCAGAUCUGCAAUCUGAGUGCAGAAGUGAAACGACCUCCUAAAGAAGAAUAUGGAAUGAUCGGAGAGCAUACAGUAAAAAGUCAGCGGCCAAGAUCAGUUCAUGACACAAAGGCCCUGCAGGAGCAAGCUGAAUCUGCUAAAUUUAUGGCACAAACUGGUGAAUCAGGUGCAGAGGAGUGGUCCCAGUGGAGCUCAUGCUCUGUAACAUGCGGUCAAGGGUCGCAGGUGCGAACAAGAACAUGUGUCUCACCAUACGGAACACACUGCAGCGGCCCUUUAAGAGAAUCAAGGGUUUGCAAUAACACUGCCCCUUGUCCAGUACACGGUGUAUGGGAGGAGUGGUCACCGUGGAGCCUGUGCUCAUUCACGUGUGGCCGAGGUCACCGCACUAGGACUAGGAUGUGUGCCCCUCCCCAGCAUGGAGGCAGGGCAUGUGACGGACCCGAGACCCAGACUAAGCUUUGCAACAUAGCCCUAUGCCCAGUGGACGGACAGUGGCAGGAGUGGAGCUCUUGGAGCGAUUGCUCGGUGACCUGUGCCAAUGGCACUCAGCAGAGGACCAGGCAGUGCUCAGCGGCCGCCCAUGGGGGAUCUGAGUGUCGCGGUCACUGGGCAGAAAGCAGAGAGUGCCAUAAUCCUGACUGCACAGCUAAUGGCCAGUGGAAUCCUUGGGGUCCAUGGAGCGGCUGCUCUAAGUCCUGUGAUGGUGGAUGGCAGAGGCGAGCCCGGGUGUGUCAGGGUGCAGCGGUGACUGGGCAACAGUGUGAUGGCACCGGAGAGGAAGUCCGCAAGUGCAGUGACCAGCGAUGUCCAGCACCGUAUGAGAUUUGUCCUGAGGAUUAUGCAGUGUCAAUGGUGUGGAGACGGACACCUUCAGGGGAACUGGCCUUCAACAGAUGCCCACCUAAUGCCACAGGCACCACUAGUCGACGCUGCUCUUUGGAUCACCGUGGUAUGGCCUUCUGGGAGCAGCCAAGCUAUGCUCGAUGCAUAACAAAUGAAUUCAGAUACUUGCAGCAAUCAGUUCAGGGGCACCUUGCAAAGGGCCAGAGGAUGCUGGCGGGGGAUGGGAUGUCCCAGGUCACAAAAAACCUGCUGGACCUCACCCAGAGGAUGAACUUCUACGCUGGUGACCUGCUAUCCUCUGUGGAGAUCCUUCGUAAUGUGACAGAGACCUUCAAGAGGGCUAGCUAUGAGCCAUCUUCAGAUGAUGUGCAAAACUUCUUUCAAAUCAUCAGCAACCUCUUGGAGGAGGAAAAUAAGGAGAAAUGGGAAGAUGCACAAAAGAUCUAUCCUGGAGCAGUGGAGCUCAUGCAGGUCAUUGAGGAAUUCAUCCACAUUGUUGGAUUGGGCAUGAAAGAUUUCCACAAUGCCUAUUUGAUGACUGGGAACUUGGUGGCCAGCAUCCAGAGACUUCCAGCAGUGUCUGUGAUGACUGACAUCAGCUUCCCCAUGAAGGGUCGUAAAGGCAUGGUCGACUGGGCCAGGAACUCAGAAGAUAAAGUGGUCAUCCCAAAGGGCCUCUUUUUAAUUGUUUCAUUUUCCCCUCUAGAUAUGGAAGGAUCACCGGUCUUCAUCUUGGGAACAGUUCUUUACAAGACUCUUGGACUCAUGCUACCUUCACCAAAGAACCACACUGUCGUGAACUCCAAGGUCAUUGCUGUGAUAGUCAGUCCAGAGCCCAAGGCAACAGAGUCCGGCCUGGAGAUUGAACUGGCUCACCUGGCAAAUGGAACACUGUACCCUUACUGUGCGCUAUGGGACAGCACCAUAAUGAACGAUUCUUGGGGAGCCUGGUCCACAAAAGGAUGUAAAACGGUGCUUACAGAUGCAUCCCAUACAAAAUGCUUAUGUGAUCGUGUAUCUACCUUCGCCAUUUUGGCUCAGCAACCAAGAGAAAUAACCAUGCAGUACUCAGGGGUCCCAUCUGUGACAUUGAUAGUUGGCUGUGGUCUGUCUUGCCUCGCCUUGAUCACGUUGGCAGUGAUCUACGCCGUGCUAUGGAGAUAUAUUCGCUCUGAACGGUCUAUCAUCUUGCUCAACUUCUGCUUAUCUAUAAUCUGCUCGAACAUCUUAAUCCUUGUAGGACAAACGCAAACUCACAAUGCGGGUGUCUGCAUCAUGACGACAGCCUUUCUACACUUCUUCUUCCUGGCAUCGUUCUGCUGGGUCCUCACAGAGGCUUGGCAGUCCUACAUGGCAGUGACAGGAAAGGUUCGGACCAGGCUCAUCCGCAAGCGCUUUCUGUGUCUGGGCUGGGGAUUACCAGCUUUAGUGGUUGCUGUUUCAAUGGGAUUCACCAAAACAAAAGGCUACGGAACACCCUUAUACUGUUGGCUUUCUUUGGAGGGUGGGCUCCUGUAUGCCUUUGUUGGUCCUGCGGCUGCUGUUGUUCUGGUCAACAUGGUGAUUGGUAUCUUGGUGUUUAAUAAACUAGUGUCCAGAGAUGGCAUACUGGACAAGAAGCUGAAGCACCGAGCAGGACAGAUGAGUGAGCCGCAUACAGGAUUAACUCUCAAGUGUGCCAAAUGUGGCGUUGUAUCAACAACUGCUUUAUCAGCAACUACGGCUAGCAAUGCAAUGGCGUCCCUGUGGAGCUCCUGUGUUGUCCUACCUCUGCUGGCUUUGACCUGGAUGUCUGCAGUGCUCGCCAUGACAGACAAGCGCUCCAUCCUCUUUCAGAUCCUCUUUGCUGUCUUUGACUCACUGCAGGGUUUUGUCAUUGUGAUGGUGCACUGUAUCCUACGGAGAGAGGUCCAAGAUGCUUUCAGAUGUCGGCUUCGAAACUGCCAAGACCCAAUCAGUGGUGAUGCAACAGGAACCUUCCCUAAUGGGCAUGCUCAGAUAAUGACGGACUUUGAGAAAGAUGUGGACAUCGCCUGCCGAUCAGCACUCCACAAAGACAUGGGCUCCUGUCGUGCCGCCACCAUAACAGGCACCCUUUCACGUAUUUCCCUUAAUGAUGAGGAGGAUGAGAAGGCCCCUGAGGGUCUAAACUACUCCACGUUGCCUGGCAACAUCAUCUCCAAAGUGAUUAUCCAGCAGCCUUCAGCUCUGCACAUGCCAAUGGGAGUGGGUGAUCUGAAAGAGCAGUGCAUUGCUGACAGCACCGCUGACAUGCGCCGCACAGUUUACCUGUGCACCGACGAUGCCAUGCGCCAGAGCGACCAAGACAUGGGUGUCCAUGACAUGGAGGGCCACUCGUUGCAGGGCCAGGUGAUGGAGACAGACUACAUAGUCAUGCCUCGUGCCUCUGCCGCAACACUGUCGGGGCAGGGUAAUGUACCCACCCUCCUGAAAGAGGACACUAAGAUGAACAUCACUAUGGAUACAUUGUCACACGAGAGGCUGAUGCAUUACAAGAUGAGUCCUGACUUCAAUAUCAGCCCGUCGGGCUUGGACCACAUGAAUGUGAAUCUGGAGCAGUAUCCAAGUGCUUCAGAACAGAUGCAUAACCUGCCCUUUGAACCUCGUACGGCUGUUAAGAACUUCCUCGCUGAGAUGGAGGAAUCUGCGGGGCUUUCAAGGAGUGAGACAGGGUCAACAAUAUCUAUGAGCUCCUUAGAGAGAAGAAAAUCACGAUAUUCUGAUCUGGACUUUGAGAAAGUCAUGCACACCAGGAAAAGACACAUGGAGCUGUUCCAGGAACUGAAUCAGAAAUUUCAAACCCUGGACCGAUUUCGAGACAUACCAAAUAUGGGCAGCAUGGACAAGGCAAUGCCAAACAAGAACCCAUGGGAGAGCUACAAUCCAGCCUGUGAGUACCAGAAUUACGCCACUAUGAAUGUACUAGAAUCUGACACCAAGGACUCACUGGAGAUGACGCCUGCAGAGUGGGAAAAGUGUGUCAACUUACCCCUAGACGUCCAGGAGGGGGACUUCCAAACAGAGGUCUAG